GGGAAGUUUCCUUCGCGACCCUUGCGUGUUUGUUAGAUUUCGGCCAUCUUUGGAAAGAAAAAUAGAAAUUAAUUUUGUGUUUUCAAUAAAGUAUUUUGGUGAAAUGUCGAGAAGUAAAACCAGACUUUAUUUCGGAAAGUUGAGGGAAGAUACCAGAGAAAGAGAUUUGGAGAAAUUUGUUCGGGGAUAUGGUCAAGUUCGCGAUAUAAGCAUCAAAAAAGGUUACGGCUUUGUGGUGAGUUGAGCGAACUGUAAAUUUGAAAAAACUGUAUUUCCGAUUGGUUUUAAAUAGUUUUAUCUGAGUGCAAUCGUUUAACCAUGUUCCUAAGAACGUUACGUCUUUAGUAGAAUGUUGUAGACGGUCAAUUCUGAAUACAUAACGACUUUUUGGUGGGGCAUUUUGACCAGUUGUGUUUAUGUGUAGAAUGGCGCUGAAAAUAUUCAAAUCCAGCAGGCAGUUAAAUUUUACUGUGUCUUGAAUGUCCAGUGGCAGUGUAGGUAGUGGAGAAUGCAAACUGAGAACUGGUGCAAAUGAUGUGACUAUCUGAAAAAUAUGAAAUUAACUUUGAUGUUUCGACUAGGCCUUUGUCUGGCUGGCUACUAAUUUCCAGACAAAGGACCUUUGCUUGAAAUGUCCAAGUAGUUUUUAUCACUGAAUUUCAGAACUGAAUUAAAUUUUAAUUCAGGAAUUUUAUGAUGAACGUGAUGCUGAGGAUGUAGUCUGGGAUUUAAAUGGUCGUGAUUUGCUUGGCGAAAGGUGGGUGAAAUGUAUUAUUAAACUUGGGGAAUCAGAUCUGGGGGGAGGAGGGUGCUUGUUGAGCUUUGGUCAUGGUUCAGGGUGUGACCAUUGGCCAAGGGAGCUGUGGUAGAAAGGCACUAUUCUAUAGUCUUGCUCAACAGCUUCACAAUCAUGUUGCUAUCAUAUUUUGUCUCUAUUUUAUUUUUGUAAUUACAUUUCCAAAACAACAAUGGCUUUGAUAAGGAAAUUGGCUCCCCCUUGUACUCCUCCCCCAAUAAAUCCAUCCCCCAAUAAAUCCAUCCCUGACCUGUGACACAUGAUUUUUACCCUAUAUUAUUGAUUUAUAUAUUGUGGUCUUACCACAGGGAGCCCAUCCCAUAUCUUAUUGAAAGCAAAUAUUGAAUGUACAUAUAGUAUUUAUAUAGCUCAGUGCUGAAUCUAAGGGCGCGCGGCCUGCCUGUUGCGGGCUGGUUGCGGGCUGACAAGAUUAGCUCUCGCGCUCUUGUCAGCCCGCAACCAGCCCGCAACAGGCAGGCUGCGCGCCCUUAGAUUCAGCACUGAGCUAUAUAAAUACUAUAUGUACAUUCAAUAUUUGCUUUCAAUAAGAUAUGGGAUGGGCUCCCUGUGGUCUUACUAGUUUAAUUAGCUUUACCAUAUUUUACUGUAUUUUAGAGUGAUAAUAGAACAUGCCAGAGAACCAUCAUCAAGACGAGAUUUUUCAUAUGGCUUUAGACGUGAAAGAAGCCCUGAUCGAUAUCGAAGUGGAAGGUUUGUUAUUUAGGCGGUGAUGGCUAAAUGUAGGACACCAGGGUCUGAAUGAAUGGUGUACAAUGUGCACAAUUUUCACAUUGCAAUAUAGCUGAAAUUGUUUUGAAGUGUUGUCAAAAUUUACGAUAAAACGGCCACCAUUUUGUCAGUGUUUCCACUUUUGAAAAUUGCAAUUUCCUUUUUAUUUUCAACCCUGAUCUUUUCCUUUUAUUUUCAGGGGCCGAGAUUAUCGAAGCCGAAAUAUUCCAGUCAGAACUGACCACAGAUUGCUGGUGGAAAAUCUUUCCAGUCGUGUCAAUUGGCAGGUAUUUGAUUCUUUUAUUUUUGUCCGUAGAAACACUUCAUUGUUGUUCAUAUAAAUACUUCAUCUUUUGAUGGUUAUUAUUUAUUAUUUAUUGAUAACAAAACAUAGCUAAUAUGAAACUCCAUCUAUUGUAUACUUUUUAUAACCAUUCUCUUUGGUCUUCAUCCCUUACUACAGUGACCCCACGUACUAUCUGUGAACACUUGCCUCAUCUCAUUGGUCCAAUCAUGUCCGACACUCCAAACAUACAUUGUAUGUGUCUGGCCUUUAGUACAGCCACAUGCCAGAGUAACAGACCUGGCGUUUCCUCAGUUGGGAGUCGCAUUCUUUCCACCACCACUGUGUGUCGGCCACGUCACCAUGUGCCGAGGGUCAUGCCAGAUUACCAGAUUCUGCCUGACAGACCAUCCAGCCAUUUGACAUUGUGCCAGCCAUUUGACAUUGUGCCAGCCAGAGCCUAGCCAUUUCAGACUGUAGUUUAACACGGCCAGUAUGCAAAGUUUAUAUGUCGCCUUUCAAUAGCUGAGUAACAGGUGUAACCUAUGUUGCAAGUAAGUAUGUUGUGUAUUGUUGCGUGAAAGCUAACAUGGGAUGACAAAAGCAGAAUGAGGUUUUCUGAUCAGAUCCAAUGUCAGAUAUGAUUGGUGUCUCCCUAUUUACUUAAAAACCAUUGUCUCUUUGGUAACAUUUUCUCCCUGCUCAAAAGUGUCUUGCUUAUUUUAUUAAUUUACUCUGUCCAAAGCCAGAUGAUUUUACUUGUCAAGUGGAAAGCGUUGACACUCGAUCGGUUAAGUUUACAAAUGUUACGGAAUAAGAUUUUGUGAACACCUAACACCAAAAUUUUCAGCAAUUUGUGUACAAAUUAUCUUUGAGUUUGGUGUCUUUCAUUUUGUUCAUUAAAGUUAAUGAGAGCAAUGUUGCAUUAAAAGUUCCAACAAAACAUUUUUUCCUCAGGAGUUGAAAGAGAUAUUCAAUGAUGUUUCAGAGGUUACGUUCACGGAUGCACACAAGAGAGAACGUAAUACAGGGUACUGCAAAAUAUGUUUUCUUUGGCAAUUUCUCUAGUUAAUGAUGUGAAGGGUUGGAAAUAAUUUUUUGUGUAUUGGACCUGUGUAGGAUUGUAGAAUUUGCGACGAAGGAUGACAUGAAAACUGCUCUCAAGAAGUUACAGGGUCAUGACAUAAAUGGAAAGAAGAUAAAGUUAUCUAUUGUAAGUCAUAGAUUGUUUUAUUAUUUCAAUGAGAGUACAAUUGAGCAAAGUUUAUUAAGUACUUUAUGUUUUCUUGUUAUAAAGGAGAAAGUUGGAGGUUCGCGAUCUCGUUCUAGAUCAAAGGAUCGUCGGUGAGUUGGAUAUGUCAUUAUAUAUAUAAGUCUGCUAAGGUGGUGGUCCCUUUUGGUGGCCUACAAAAGCCUCCCUCCGAGAGAAUACUUGGAGUUUUGAAAGUCGUUCAGACUUUGCAAACUUUCAUAGAAACAUUCACAAUGUAAUCAUAAAGAAAAGACCAAUGUAGCCUUUCAUUUUCAUAAAUACGUUUUGCCCUUGUAGAUCAAGAUCUAAAUCACCUAAACGUCGCCGUCGCUCGAGAUCCAAGUCGCCAAAGCGAUCACGUUCAAAAUCUGGUUCCAAGGAAGCCGAAGAAAAAGAAGCUUCGAAAUCAAGAUCAAGGUCGAAAUCAGAAGAACCUAAAUCUCGUUCCCAAUCCCCUGAAGCGGAAGGUGAAGAAUCAAACCGAGAAAGCGAACACGAGUCUGGUAACGAGAGUCCGCAGAGGAAUGGUGACGAAGAAAAUGGUAAUGAGGAAGAAGAUGCUGAGUAGACCAAAAAUUGAAUCUGGCUGAUAGUCAAGACCAAGAUCAGCUGAUCAAGAAAACAAAGAGUUUUAAUCCAUGUCUAUUUAUACCAAUUUUACUGGCUUGUUUGGCCACUACCGCAGAGUAGUCAAAGUCACGCAGCGUGAUUUUUUUCAAGAAUUGUAUUGCACACCUGAAAGAAAUGGUUGCAAUACUUUUGUAUCAACAAUGGUUGCAAUACUUUUGUAUCAACAAUUUUUCUAAUCGUGGUUAACGAUGGCGAUUUUUCUCCUUAACGAUGUGUAUAUAUAUAUAAGCCAGUACACACGCACACAAAAAAUAAGAUGAGGAUGUGUUUUGUAUCGGCCAGGACGACAAAUCGUAGUAGAACUAGAGAGAAAGUCGAAUGACAGGACAAAAUAGAAGCUCGAGUUAACAUGAUCUAGAACGAGUAUUACAAAAUCACAAGCUUGUUUGUCGAGUAAACUAUGUACAAAUUAAACUACAAUGAUCAACUUUACGCCUACGAUACCUCUUAAUUAUAAGUUGUG